AUGGAUCCUCCUACACAUGUACCUUUGAAAAAAAGCAAGACGCUGAUGCAAGAAAUGGAGGCGGUAUCUCACUUGAAGAAGAAGACUUCCGUUGUAAACCUCCUAGACAACUCAGGAAAUGCAUAUUCAGGUUAUAAGAUAUGGUCUGAUAUUGCACCGGCGGUUAAGAAUGAUCCCACUCUUAUGUUUGCAUUGUGUACAGUUGUAUCUGUGAAAAGUGAGCAUGUGCUUAUUUGUACCCAAAUCAACCCUCCCGGCGAUAACUCGACUUUUGAAGUCCCUUUGUCUAAUGCUUGGAAUACGAAUUCUCAAAUUGAUCCAAUGACUUAUGGUGAUAUUGGCAUGCUGCCACAUACCAACGUGCCUUGUAUUCUCGAUUUUUUAAGGCAUCGAUACAUGAAUGACCAGAUCUAUACAACCGCCGAACCACUAGUAUUGGCAAUCAAUCCCUUCAAGAAUUUGGGUAACACUACCGAUGAAUGGGUUGAGAAGUAUCGAAAUGUCCAAGAUUUAAGACAAUUAGAACCGCAUAUCUUUUACACCUCCCGUAGGGCACUAGACAAUCUAUACGAAUACAAGCAGAAUCAAACGAUUAUAGUAUCUGGCGAAUCGGGCGCUGGUAAAACUGAGGCUAUAAAGCAAAUGAUGAGGUUUUUUGCAGUGGGUUCUAAGGGCGAUCAUUCGAUUCAGGAUGCUAUUAUGGCUGCAAAUCCAGUGUUAGAAGCCUUUGGUAAUGCAAAAACGAUACGUAACAAUAACUCCAGCCGAUUUGGUAGAUUCAUAAAAUUACAGGUGUCCCGUGAUGGUGGUAUUAGGUUUGGUUCAGUUUUAUCAUUUUUACUUGAAAAGUCAAGAAUACUAACACAAGAUGAAAAUGAAAGGUCAUAUCACAUUUUUUAUCAGCUCAUAAAAGGGGCACCGGAAGAUAUGAAGAAAAAGUUACACAUCUUGGAUGUGAAAGACUACAAAUUUAUCAAUCCAAAGUGCAUAGAUGCAGAUGGAAUUGAUGAUGUUGGGGAUUAUAAAUUGGUCUUGAAAUCACUUGAAGAUAUGAAAUUGUCGCAGCAGCAGAUUGAAACAAUCUUUUCCAUAGUAUCAGGAGUGUUACUUAUGGGAAAUGUCGAAUUUACUAAGGCUGAUCUUCCCGGGUUUGAUGAUGCUGCGGAAAUAUCUAGUGCCUCAAAGAGAGAUUUUGACACUGCAUGCGAAUUGAUGUUUUUGGACAAAUUUAAAGUUGAGCAGGCAUUGUUGGAGAAGAUUACAUUUGCAGGUGGGAGUGAAAUCAAGGGUAGAUGGAAGUGCGAGGAAGCUAAAGUUUUGGCAGCUUCACUGUCCAAGGCCAUAUACGAGAAGUUAUUCGAAUGGAUCAUUAACAAUUUAAACAAGAUUAUAGAACCAGAGGGGGGAUUUGAUAAGUUCAUUGGUAUGCUUGACAUAUUCGGCUUUGAGGUCUUCAAAAAUAAUUCUCUGGAACAAUUAUUUAUCAACUUGACAAAUGAGAUGUUGCAGAGCAAUUUUGUUAACAUUGUUUUCAAACGAGAAGCGGAGUUAUAUGUCUCAGAGGGCAUCCCAGCUCCUGUUAUCGAAUAUACAACUAAUUAUAAGGUUGUGGAGCUAUUGUGCAAGGGCAAAUGUAUACUAUCUAUUCUAGAAGACCAAUGCCUAGCACCUUCUGGAUCAGACGAGAAAUUUGUAUCAAAUUGCCAAUCAAAUUUCAAAGACAACGACAAAUUUGAGUUCGUUAAGGUGGGUUCCAACAUCAACUUUGCUAUUGUACACUCAGUGGGUUCCAUUAGUUACAAUGCGACAAACUUCUUGCUCAAAAAUAAGGAUGUGCUUAGGGCCGAAAUGACUACAUGCGUUCAGCAGAGCGAGAAUGCAAUUGUAAAGGAACUAUUUGCAACAGUAAAAAAGACAGAGCAUGGGAAAAUUGCCAAGGGGUCCCUAAUUGGUUCUCAAUUCCUAGUCCAAUUGCAGUCCCUUAUGGACCUAAUCAACAGCACAGAUCCUCAUUUUGUCAGGUGCAUAAAACCAAAUGAGACCAAAAAACCCUUGGAAUGGAUUUCUACGAAGGUUCUGAUUCAAAUACAUGCUCUUUCUGUUAUAGAAAUACUUGGACUCAGACAAUUAGGGUAUUCCUAUAGGAGGCCAUUCAAGGACGUGAUAGAUCAAUACUCCUUCUUAGUAGGCCAAGAUGAUUGCGAUGAUAUAACCAGAAUACUGGAGAUGCUAAAGGAAAAUGUGGGCAAUGAAGGCUAUGCCAUCGGCAAGACUAUGGUAUUCAUGACAUCUCAAGUGAAUAAGGAGCUGACCAAAUUGCAGCGUGGGAAACUCGCCGCAUGGAAUCCAUUGAUGAAGCUUGUAGAAUCAAAUUGUGAGAAGAUGGCGUUAAAGAAGAAGUUGGACAAGCAUUUGCCCAAUUUGGCCAAAUUCCAAGCGUAUUUACGCAAGGCUAUUUAUGCAUAA